AUGACUUUGACUACAAAACCAGAUCUCGAUCGUUUAGGCUACUUCAAAGAAUUAUCCUAUCAUACUAUUGGAGAUCCAUAUGUGGAUUUAGGAAGAGCUGCACUUAGUCAGAGUUCAAUGAAAGGACGACAAAUGUAUGGAGCUUAUACGAAAACAAGAUGUGGGUUAAAUGAUGGAUAUUUCAGUCCUUUUAAACGAUCAUUUAUCGGUGAAGCUCUAACAGAUAUGACUAAGAUUCGGCAUCAAGAACGUUUGAAGGAAAAAAGUAAAGAACGUCCCAUAGUAUUUUUUCCACCCUCUGGUUCCAAACAACUUAUUGGAUCAGGAGGUUAUUGGGGCACAUUCUCGGGUUCCAUUCCACAUUUUAGUAAUGAAUCAAUUCAGUCAAUUAAAUCAUCAAGUGGAAAGAAUUUCUAUACUUCACCGCCUAAGAAAGGCUCAGGAUCCGGUUAUCUUAAUAUAACAAUUGGAAAAUUUCCUACGUAUGUCUCAGAGCCAUACCUAGAUAGUGUUGGUAAAACCAGUGAUACAGAAAAUCAUAAAAGAUUAUUGAUGGGUCGUAAAGGUUUCAUUCUUUCCGGGAAUAUUGAUUAUUUUGGACCUGAUCCAUACAAGGUACAAGGUUUACAGAAACUUCCGACAGUAGUACCAAUACAAACUAAAAGUAUCACUGUUCCAUUUCGACCAUCUAAUCCAGGAAAACAGCCUGGUGGUUAUAAAGCUGGUACAUUCAAUCCCUUUCCUAAAUACAUAUCUGAUCCAUAUAUAGAUCCAUAUAAACGGUUACGCAGUAAACGUGAAUCCAAGGUGUUUAUUCCAUCAUCAGGAUUUAAAUCUGCUAGAUUCGAAUCAAUACUAACAAGAAAUGUGUACAAAGCUAUGAAUUCAUCAAAUUAUGACCUUGUCAAAUCUGUUGUUUAUUUGUAA